AUGUCAACACCUCAAGAUAAUCAAAUAAAUAGUCAAAUUCAAGUAAGUGAUCAAGCUCAAGAAAAUAGUCAGGGAGAUGAUCAAAUUCAAGAAAAUAAUCGAAUUGAAGAAGGUAAUCAAGGAGAUAAUCAAAUUCAAGAAGAUAAUCAA